AUGACGGACCUCCUGCGCGUCCUGCCAGACUUCCCCACGGAGCCAUACGCCGGCCUGCUGCCGGCCCUCGAGCGCCAUGCCGUCACCACCAGCGACCUGCUGACCCUCGAGGUCGCCGACAUCGGCAAGCGCACGCAGCUGCCCCUGCUGGACAUCAAGCGCCUGGCCAACGCCGUGCUGAGGGCCCUGCACGAGGACCUCGGGGUACUCGCCGCCCCGGCCCAGCAGCAGCAGCAGCAGCAGCAGCAGCAGCCGGCUGCCGGUCCAGAGGUCAGAGAUCGGGACGACGGCGAGCGGGAGGAAACUGCUGCCACGAACGAACCAGAGGGGGACGAAGAAGAAGAGAAGGAAGCAGCAGCAAUAGCAACCCGCCCGGAGGAGGCACCCUCCCCACCACGGCGGCCAGGAAGCCUCCAGCACACCCUCGCCGGCCUCGAGUCCCGGUGGUCCGCCAUCAGCACGCUCGACGCCCGCCUGGACGCCGCGCUCGGCGGCGGCAUCCCCACGGGCUACGUCACCGAGAUCGCGGGCGAGAGCGGCGCGGGCAAGACCCAGCUCCUGCUCUCCCUGCUGCUCGCCGUCCAGCUGGCGCCCGAGCACGGCGGGCUCGGCCGCCCGGCCCUCUACAUCUCCACCGAGGCCCCGCUGUCCACGCGCCGGCUGUCGCAGAUGCUCGCCGCCCACCCGUCCCUCUGCGCGCUGGACCCCGAGGCCCGCGCCGCCGUCUCGCUCGACCGCAUCCACAGCGCCGCCACGCCCGACCUCGAGUCCCAGGAGCACAUCCUGACCUACCAGGUGCCCGUGCAGGUCGAGCGCCACGGCAUAGGGCUCCUCGUCCUCGACUCGGUCGCCGCCAACUACCGCGCCGAGUUCGACCGCGGCACCGCCGGGCCGGCGUCGUCGUCGUCCUCGCGCCUCGGCAACAUGGCCGCCCGCGGCGCCGAGCUCGUCCGCCUGGGCAUGCUGCUUCGGGACCUCGCGCGCCGGCACAACCUCGCCGUCGUCGUCGCCAACCAGGUCGCGGACCGGUUUAACAACCCGAGCCCCGCCGCCGCCGCCAGCGCGUUCCGGCCCCCGCCUCACCGGCUGCACAACCUCGGCAGCAGCCAGCCGGGCGGCGGGCCCGCCGUCUCGCAGGAGAGCCCCCUGGCCUCGCGCAGCCGCGCAGCCGGCCCGCUCCCCGCCGUCGAGCCGACCUCGUCCCUGGCCGCGGCCGAGGCAGCCGCCACACAGUCCUCCAGCCCGCCGCCGCCGCCGCCGCCCUCUAUGCCGCCGCCGCCGCCCGAGGACCCGCUGCCUCCCCCGGCCCCGCCGGCCCUGCUGCUCGACCACCAGCAGCGCUGGUUCACCGGCUGGGGCGACGACCCCUUCGCCGACUCCGGCCUCAAGACGCCGAGCCUCGGCCUCGUGUGGACCACCCAGGUGGCGAUGCGGAUCGCGCUGCUCAAGAGGCCAGCCUACGGGCGGUCCCGGUACGCCGGAGACGAGGACGAGGCCCGGGGGACGCCCACCCUGCGGAACUGGAGGAGGUGGAUGAAGGUCGUGUUUGCGCCGCACGUCGCCGCCUCCGGCAUGGGCCUCGACGGUGCUACCGAGUUUGAAGUCACCAUGGCCGGCGUCAGGGCGGUCGUCAAGGAGCCCAAGAGGUGA